GAAAGACUAAGUCAUAAUUAUGACAAAAACUAUGAGAGAUGACAGUAAAAGAUUCUGACAUAAAAAGUUAAAAUUGGCAUAAAAAUCUUAUAUUUGUUUUACUUGUUUUACUGUCAUCAUUUUUUUUUAUAUUUAUGAUUUACCAAAGCAUGCAUUUUAUCCCCUUGUGUGGCAGAAAUGGGCUUCCAUAUGAAUAUGCACAGUAACAAAACAUACUAUAAAGAUUCACUGUGAAAUCCACACCAGUGAAAUUCUUCAUCGUUUUUUUGUUUGUUUUUGUUUUGUUUUUGAUUUUUUUGUUGUUUUUAAAUCAUCAUAGUUUCACUUUCCACACUUUUUCACAUGGGUUCAGUUCAGACGUAACAGGAUACAGUUGUAACACUUUUUCCUUCUCUCAAAUGUCAUUAGCUGAGAGAGGAGGAAAUAUUUUAUCAGAAAAAAACCCCACACUUCAUCUUUAAGUAAUAUGCAGCACAGCUUCCCCUUUACGUGCAUGAUUACGUUAUAAUAAGUUCUAGUCUUCUUUAAAAAAAUGUCUAUAAUCUUCUGUGAUUAAAAUAUGUUCGGUCCACAGAAUGCUACUUUUAUAUCAAUAGAUUCUUGAUUCUUGUUUUUAUGGCAUAUGUAGUAUAAAUGGGGUAAGAAGGGGUGUAUAUAGGCAUAUGCCUUCAUAAGUGAGUUGUGUGUCUGUGUGUUGUACAUAAAAAUGAAAUAGAUCCUCAUGGAUAUUAUGAUUAUAAAACAAUCCUCUAGUACGUAUUAUUUUUGUUGUUAUAUUUUUCAACACUGCAAGUUUUCAAGGUUCAGUUAGAUUAUCUUUUUGCACAACUGCAAUCAAUAGCAUCUCUCAAAAUACUUGUUCUGUCACACGCAACCUACUGAGAGCACUUUUUAAAUACUGUUUCUGUGAAUUGUACCAACUUAUGCAAUGAAAUGCUACAGUUGACAUCAAAGGAAUUAAAGUACGCAUUUAUUUUCCAUUUUUGUCUAAUCCGUCUGAUUUCUGCGGGGAUUAACAGACCAAUCAUGAAUAUUGAGCGAGCGCUCAUAGGUUAGAGAUGGAAUCUACCACCAGCGGAUGCGCAGUGAUAGGUGCUGGUGACAGCUGAACGAAGAGGAGCAUCAUGGGAGUAAUUCCUCAUUUCAGCUGGUGACAUUUGUUCUUGUUUUUGGCCAUUCAAGUAUUAAAGGAGAGGCGAGGAUGAUUCUGCAUGUUUUGCGAUUUAUUCAACUGAACCUGUGAACUGUAACAGACUCAAAUGGACCAUCAGUGAAAGGAUUAAGUAUCCCUUAACUGCCAAAUGGAGGAGGACACAGAAGAUCUCUCUGGGACACAACCACUAAUGAGUGUUGCAGAGCUACCUGAUGACCCUCAAAGUGGACCCUCCACUGACCUACUGAAAUCCAAAGCAUCUUUCCCCUCCUGCUCCCCUCCUGCCGGUUCAGCAGUUUCUGCCCUGCAAUCCAAAGUCAAAGCAGUGUCCCAGAGAAAGUUAAAGGGGGCGGAGAGAGAUGAUCUGUUACCUGAGAAUUCCACAGAAGAGUCAGUGAAGAAAACCCAAGACGAUGAAGUGCUGUCUCCUUGUCAAACAGAAUACUCUGAGCAGAGCAAUAAGUCAAGCACUGGUGAUGAAGAAGUACUGGAACCCAAUUCUGGGAUGCAAGGAGAAAAGGAGACUUGCGGCAAAAGUGGGAAAGACAGCCCAUCUCAAGGUGUGCCAAAAAUGUCCCGUGGUCUUUGUGAAGGGUCUAGCCUGGAGAACAUUGCAGUGGGUGGUGCUGGUGAACCUCAAGGGGACAUUUCAACAAAGUCAAUGACAUCUUCUCCCAGGCACUGGGCUCCUCCCAAGGGCUUUUGGCGAGUGGCACGACCAGAGACGCUACUUCUUAAAUCAGAGAGUUCCUCCACACUGGCAACUACAAAAGAUGUAACACCCACAAUUGAAGAGGGCCCAAAACGGAAGCCAAAGCUAAAAACUGUGGGUGCAGUUGUUCACAAGGAGCUGCAAAGGUCUGACAGCUUGGAAAGUGCUUUUCAUAGGUGUCUCCAGAAGGAGAUUGGAGCAGCAGAUCCAGUUGGUGGGCUGUGGAGGGCAGACAGUUGGGAGACUGUGUGCUCCAGAGGAGGGUCUUUGUCUAUUGGAGAGAAAGUCGAGAUAAACAAGACAUACCUGAACCGAUACCAAGUUGAAGCCAUUGAGAUUACAACUUCCAUGCGUCCAGAGGGACAGUAUCAACCACCAAAGGAGCCGCACAGAGAUUUACCUGCCUACAAAAUUGAUGAUUGGGACUCAGCAAUUAUCACAAAGGAGCCUGUGUUUAACUAUAAACCUUUGAUCACCACCACUGAAGUAACUCUCAGUCCACGUCAUGAACAAGCAAAGCGUCUGUUAGAAAGAGCUCGAUUCAAAGCACGUUCUCAAAACCCUAAGAGUGAAACCCCCACCUGUCUUGGUCAAAGAGAAGGCCUGGAGCUUUUACCAAUCAGUGUGUCCUCUACACUGCACAGUGCUGUUCUUGUCACGGCUCAAGAGGAAGUGACUUCACCUCUUCAGUCACCGGAUGUCCGCGGAAGAAACCAUGAUCGUGGGGUGCGCUCCCGUAGGUAUGGCCAGUCGCCCACAAGAGUACGUUUCGAGGAUGAGUCAGAAAAGGAGGCUGAGCGACGAUACCUGGAGCGGGUGCGUGAACGCGGGCCAGUGGUGGUUGAGAAAUCGCACUCCAACCAACAGCUGAAGACAGAUCCGGUGUACAAUAUCUCAGAGGAAAGCAGGGGGAAGGCAAUAAACUGGGUAAACGUUGGUAUCCCUGUGGCCAUAUUAACCAAAGAGGGAGAGUGUUUGGCUGCCAUGGUGCCAAAGGACGAAAUGCUCAGGACAUGUGAAACCUGUGGAAGCAUCUUGGGACCUGCACAGACCAAAGAUUGUCCUUCCAAGGCGACACAGAGUAUCGUAGACUCUCGGGAGAAGGCAGUCCCUCGGUGGGUCGGCCCUAACCAAUCAUGUCGCCGAACCAUCCACCCGACCUUCACGGAAAGUAUAACUUUUACUGGUGGCAUCAGCCUGGCAGAAACUGUAGGGCGGGGAGGUGUAGGAGGUGCAGGUGAGAGCAUGUCGGCUUUUGGGAAGCUUCGAAGAAGGAGCAGGAAAGGGGAAAGUAGAGUUGAAACCAGUAAUGGUCCUUAUGCUCGGAGUCAGGAUCUAUGGGCUCAGAGAAGGAACUCCAAAACCAGGUCAAGUCUGGAGGAUAAAACUACUCGCUCUAAGGUUCUAAAGACGUCUGCUCAAGGCUCUACAGAAACCUCACCUGACCAUGAGAAUAAGGACCUAUCCAGCAACGUCAGGGACUCUCCUCCCCACCUCCCCAUCAAAUCGGCUCUAAAAUCAGGUUCGAAAAGCCGUCCAACAGGGCAACGGGUGGUCAAGCUAAUGCCCUCAGUUCAGUACCGUUUAAUUCACCUUGACCACAAACUGGAUGGAGGCUCUCACCAUGAAAACAUACAACCUGAAGAGCACCUCAGUGUCACCCUCAGUGCCUCCCCUCAGGUUCAUCCAGUUACAUCAGGUCUGACGUCUUGCAACAGACCAUCCUCUCUCAGGUAUUCCUCAUCUAUGCUGACAACAGACCUUCAGGCUCUAACAAUAUGGGACUCUGCAGGCGACCCAGUCACUGAUUGCCGCCCAGCUUUGAGACCUGUGGGUAUGUCCAAGGCAGAGGACCUGAGGGCAGAACUACUGAGAGCAGAGCACCGAAAAGCUGAAAUACAUUGGGAUGACAGUUUAGCUGUGUCUAGGAGAACAGGGGAGCGAGAAGGGAGGCCUAAGUUAUCCCUCCGUCGCUUUUUCUCAGCCAUGGGACUGAACAGUAUGGGUAAGCUGGUAAAGGGCAGCCGGUCUAACAGCAUGGAGCACCUGUGUUCCCCCACUGCCCGCUACAGUUCUGCCUCUCCCAGUCCUACACACAGAGGCCUUGUCCCUCUGAAGAGGACCCCCUCUCUCCAGUCUCUCCACACAGAGUCUCCUUUGGCUCAGUUACGUAAAGCAUCUUCUGUCCAGAGUCUACAGUCCCCGAAGAGGAAGUUUGAACGUUCCACUAUAUUAGGAGAGAUACCACUGCCAUUGAGUUUGGCACCAAGGGAGCUUCAAAAGGAAGGGAGCCUGGAAGAGGCACUAGAGGAUUCUCGAGGUCCACUAGGGCGGCUAGUGCAGGCCUUUCCUGAUGGGACUUUACUGAUAGAGCUUAUCAGACCUCCCAACAACGGACCCUUUGGCUUUGUCAUCUCUAGGGGUAAAGGAAGACCUGACUCAGGUAUAUAUGUGGAACGGGUUGGAGACAGUGCCACAGAGAACAUCUACACUGGACUCCUGGGUGUUGGAGAUGAGAUUCUAGAAGUCAAUGGAGAAAUCAUUGCUGGACUGACCCUAGAUCAAGUUACACGCCUCAUGACCCGUGAUAGCAAAGCCCUGAUCCGGAUCCUUCCACGUUCCUGGAUCAAGCACUGAUGUAAUUGAGAGGCAAAAUACAGAGCAUGGAGUUAUGCAGAUAAGACCAAAAUAAAGGAAAGUUUACAAAGCACUGAUUGAGAUGACUUUUACAUUGUAUUGUUCUCCAGUCAUGGGUUAAGAAAUCUAAAAUGGCUUUUGCAAUGCUUUGUAAACAGAGCAAUAAGAAAUAAAAACAUUUAAAACUUGGCCCCUGCUCUUUUUUUUUUUAAAGCUGCAGUCCGUAAUUUUUGCCUCUUUGUCGCCAUCUCUGUUUGAAA